AUGACCGCUGACAACAUCAUCAACAGCAUGUCGUCGUCCCAAGCUGAAGUCGAAGUGAAGCAGAUCGAUGGGGAAACAGAAGUGCAGAGGGGCGAAGAGUCGAAGAUUGCAAUUCCUUCGGAUCACGCGGCCGGCGCAAGGGCUGCAGACCCAGGCAUUCUCGAAGAAAUUGCCAAGGAAUACCAAACCAAAGAGCCCUUUGGGGCGGCGCAAGAGACUCUGGGCUGGCUCUACUACUUGCGUUUUAUGGCUGUUUCUGACGUUUCAGCAAUACAAAAGGCUAUUGUUCACUUCCAGGCUGCUAUUGAUGGUGCGGAUGAUAAACACCCUGAUCUUCCGCGGCGACAACAUUCUCUGGCGGUUGCUUAUAACCUUUUCUACAAGGGCACUGGACUCUUCACCUGCCUGAACUUGUCCAUUCAUUGGUUACAGCUUGCUAUUGAUGACUGUCAUUCUGACAGCCCUGAUCUUCCUAUCUGGUAUCAGAACCUUGCUGUGUUAUACUUUGAGCACUAUAAGCAUGAGAAAAAUAUGGAUGAUCUAGAACUGGCUAUAAACUUUGAUAGUUCUGCAUUGGAAAUGAUAUCCUCUGGUCAUCCUGGUUUUGUCAAGUUUUUUGAGGGCCUGGCCCAGUCCUACUGUUCCCGUUUUGAUAGGCUUGGGGAGGUGGAAGAUCUCAACAAAGGCAUUGAAGUUCUUCAGGGAGCAGUCAGAGCUUCAUUGCGAGACCAUCCUGAUCUUCCUGAGGCUUGGAGAACUUUGAGUGUACUGUAUAUCAAUAGAUUCAGAAUCAAAGGGAGUAAGGAAGAUUUUGAGACUGCAAUUUCACUCAGAAAAUUAGCAGUUCAAGCAACUUCUCCUGGAACUACGGAGCAUAUCACUUACAUGCAGAGUCUGGCAGCUGCUUAUGGGGAGUGGUAUAAAUCCUUCAGUUCUUUUGAGGAUCUUGAGCUUUCAAUCAAGUAUGUACGAGAGGCUAUUCUUCAGGCUCCUACUGAGGAACCUAUUUAUGCCACCCUGCUUGGGGAUCUGGGAGUUGCUUUGAUGUACAAGUAUAAGACUAGAGGAGGGGAUGAAAAUGUCAAACUUGCUCUUCGGUAUCUAGAAUUCUCAGUCAAAUCUCUACCAGCUGGAGAUGAGAAAAUUCCACAUUCUCAGAAAAAUCUAGCCCUGGCUUAUCUCCAAAGAUACAGGAAUGAAGGAAAUAUUGAGGACCUAAAACAGGCUCAGGAUCAUUUGAAGCAGGCACUUGGAGCUAUCCAGCCCACUGACCCCCUGCUGUAUGGAUUUCAUGAUUCCCUUGCUGCUGCCUACCUGCUUUACUUUGACCAAUUUGGAGACCUUCACUACAUAUCUCUAGCAUUAGAUCAAUAUAAACUGGCUGUGGCUUUCAUAUCACCUACUAGCAUGGAGCUCUCUCAUUGUGAACACAAUAUUGCCAAUUGCUAUGCAUCAAGAUAUAAAAGAUUGCAUGAUCAUGAUGACCUUGACCUUGCUAUCCAGUACUCCAUGCAGUUGCUUCAGCACAUGAGUACUAACCAUCAAGAUAUUUCUACAGCAAAAAGUAUUCUUUCCAGUCUUCUUCAUGACAAGUUUAAACUCCAAAAUGAAGUAGCUGAUCUUGAUUCUGCAAUGAAACUCGAAAGGGAGGCUCUGGAUGCUGUUGGGGAAACUAAUCCUUCACAACCAAAACUGCUGCAUGAUCUUGCUUUUCUUCAUCUUGCCUACUUUGAAUAUACAAAAGAUAUUACUCAUCUUGAAGCUGCAAUACCUCUGAUGGAAAAGUGUCUUGAAAUGGCCCAUGAGACUGAUCUGGAUUCUCCUGUCUAUCACCAUACACUUGCUGUUAUGUUAGGCAAACUAUGGAUGGUUGAUGGGAAAAUUGAUUGGAUAUAUACCUGUAUUAAGGUGUGUGCCAUUGCAAUCAACCAUGCCAGAACAGAUGAAUCCAUUCUGCCCAUGCUAUAUCACCUCAUAGACAAAUCAUUUUCAAUCAUUUGUAUUCAUUCACAAGCUCCCAAUAAUGUUUCAGUUUCUCAAGAGGUCUCAGCUGUUGAAGAUGCAUACUGUGCAUUGUAUUACUAUAGAGCUUCUCUUACUUCAUCCUUUGCAACACCUAAAGGAUGCUUAGAGGCAGCUUUGGAUUGGGCAGAAUUUGCUACAAUCCUCAACCUGAAUGAAACAUUAACUGCAUACUCUUUUGCCUUGGCUACACUGCCAAAUAUUUUGUGGAUUGGAAACUCUUUAGGAGAUCGUUACAAUUCUCUAGUUAAAUUGAACAUUUCAGGUCUGGUUUCCUCUGCUGUAGCAGCUGCUCUAAAGUUCAAUGAUGUCAAACAUGCUGUUGAACUUAUAGAGCAGGGUUUGGCUAUUACUUAUCAGCAAAUGCUUGAACUGAGAGAUGAACCUACACAAUUGAUAAAAAAAUACCCUGAAAUAGGAUUGGAGCUUAAGCAGAUCUCUAUGAAACUCCAAGAAAUUAGUGACCCUAAAAGAACAAUCAAACAAGAUUAUCAUUCACUGGUGAUCAGACAAAAAGAUCUCAUGCAUAAAAUCAGAACCUUGCCAGGCUUUGAGAAUUUUUCUUGCCAAAAUUAUACAAAGAAUUAUCUAAAGCAGCAAAGUAUGGAUUAUUGUGAAAAAUUAAAGAAAGCUUUAGGAUUCCACAAUAUCUCUGCAAGAGAGAUCAACAGGCCUGAGAAGGAAAGAUCUGGAAGACCAAGCCAUUCAAGGUCAGCUGAUUUGUCACUGAAGUAUUUCAGAGAACUUCUCAGCUGGUUAUGGAAGGCAAUUGUGAAACUGGUGCUUGAUGUAUUGGAAUCAAAUGGCAUUCAUUCUGGAAGAAUGUGGUGUUGCCCCUCUGGUCCAUUCACAUUUCUCCCCAUUCAUGCAGCUGCAUCGAAUAGCUUGUUUAUUCAAUCAUAUACCCCAACCCUGAAUGCAUCGAUUGAAGCCAGGACUCCCAAAGCUACUACUACAAAUUCAAUUUCAUUGGCAACAAUUGGAAUAACAGAUAUACCUGGAAAGCCAUACUUAAAGCUUCCAUCUGUUACCAAAGAGCUCAACUCCAUCAAGGAGGUGAUAGCAUCAGCUAAUAUUCUCAGUGAUGCUGAAGCUACAGUUUCCAAUGUUCUGGAGACAAUGGGGAAUCAUGAGUGGUUGCAUAUUGCAUGUCAUGGGGAGCAGGAUAUUAAUCUUCCAAGAGCCCAGUUUGCAUUUCUUUCUGCAUGUCAAACAGCCAUGGGUAGUUCUGAUCUACCAAAUGAAUCCCUCCAUUUGGCAGGAGGUUUCAUUGUAGCUGGAUGUCAAGCUACAAUUGGGACCCUUUGGAAUAUGGAAGACUCAGAUGGCCCAAAGGUUGCAGAACUUGUUUACUGA